CGGGCGCCUCCUAAAUAGAGGAGGGGGCUCGAAGGUUGCCUCGGAGCGGCUGUGUCUGUGCACAGCCACCGCGCAGGAGUCCCGGUUUGAUCCGGAUCCACGCAGAUUCUCCUCACCAGCGUGGAGACAUAAAGGACGAGAGCGAGGGAGACGCACGCAUGGGAUGGACGGAGAGGGGACGCUGCGAUCUGGAUGAAUUCGGCAGCCGGUGCGUGGAAUUUGCGGACAUAAUGGGGAACACGACACCCAAACCGUUAAUAGAUGCGACUCUGCAACCCCGCCCUGUGGCAAGCAGGCAGUACUACACCUUGCCCAACAAUGGCUCGGGAGUUGAGAGAAGGUCCGCACCUUCCGUUAGCAUCGGUAUGGAGUCGCCCCGCUUUCACCCCAACGCUAAGGGCAAAAAUAUCAGGCUGGACGGGCAGCUUCGCCGCGCCAUCCGCAAAAACAGCUUCUGCAAUGGCAUCACCUUCAGCCAUAGGCCCGUCCAUCUCUACGAGAAGGUGCGACUUCGUCUCAGUGGUGUGCACACGGGCUGGAGCGGAGCUUUACGCUUCGGUUUCACCAGUCUGGACCCCAACGAGUUGAUGGCAACAGACAUCCCCAAGUACGCCUGCCCAGAUCUGGUGACACGGCCUGGAUACUGGGCCAAGGCACUGCCUGAGCGACUUGCCCUGAAAGACAACGUGCUGGCGUUCUGGGCAGAUCGCCACGGAAGGGUGUUCUACAGUAUCAAUGACGGAGAGCCAAUCCUCUUCCACUGUGGGCUGAGCAUCGGCUGCCCCCUCUGGGCCAUCAUCGAUAUCUACGGCAUCACCCAGGAGGUCACACUGCUCGAAAGCACGUUUGCUGAGAGCGUUGGAUCCAGCUGCCUGAGCGCGGCCCGCCUGAGUGCCUAUCUGCCCCAGAGCAGCCACGACUCUGCCAAUUACAGUAACAAUCAGCUGGAGAACAACCAGGCGGCUGCUGCCAAAAUGGCCAACAUCCAGCUCAAUAACUACACCCAGCUUAUCCCUUGUUGCUCUUCCACCGCUUCCUCCACAACGCCAUCCUCUUCUUCCUCCACCGGACCCAGCCUCCCCCGGGUGGUCCGUAGCCUUCCUUCGCCGCUGGACAGCGACUUGCACUUUCACCCCAUCCGUGGCUCCGACGUCAUACUGUCUGCAGACCGUUUGGCUGCUUGCAUCCAUUUUCUGGACAGCAGUCGGACUCUUGUGUUCAGUGAUCGGCCGCUGCGCACGGGAGAGACUUUGUACGUAGAGGUUGGACAUCUGGGUCUGCCUUACUUUGGGGCACUUUUGUUUGGGUUGACAUCAUGUGACCCAGCGAGUCUUCACGCCGGUGACCUGCCGGCCGACCCUGAGAUUCUCCUAGACCGAAAGGAGUACUGGGUGGUGCACCGUGGCUUCCCCAUGCUGUGUGCCGGAGACGUGCUCAGCUUCAGCCUGCUACCCAGUGGUGAGGUGCACCACGGCGUGAACGGAGUUGGACGAGGCAGGCUUCUGUGCGUGGACUCCUCUCAGGUGCUGUGGGCCUUCUUCGCCCUGCAUGGGGCUCUCAACCGACUCAGGAUACUUGGAACACAGCAGCCCAGUCCUCCCUCCACUUCUCCGGGAACUUCUCAGAGCAACAGUCCAGAAGACAGUGAUUCCGACCUGGCCCUCAGCGUCAACAGAUCCUCUUCUGAAUCCUCACUGGUGACUGCUCCCAGCUCCCCUCUCAGCCCUCCAAUCUCUCCCAGCUCAGAGUUGCCUCCUUCUGACAAAAACGGGGAAUGCACCAUUUGCUUCGACCAAGAAGUGGACACUGUCAUUUACACGUGCGGCCACAUGUGUCUGUGCAACGAUUGCGGACUGAAACUCAAGCGGCAGAUCAACCCAUGUUGCCCGAUAUGCAGGAGGCCCAUCAAGGAUGUCAUCAAAACGUAUCGGCCGUGAUUAAUGGCUGUUUCUCCUUUCUCGGGCUUGGUUGGACGCCCAAAGCAGAUUCGCCAAACAAGGACAGAAUGUGCCUAUAGGAUUUUUUUUAUGGUAAAUAAUCCCUCGAUACCCGCGACCCCGAAAGGGACAAGCGGUAGAAAAUGGAUGGAAUCUCUCGAUAAAGACACGGCUUCACUAUCAGAACCGCAACGGCGCUCAACCUAUUACUGUAAAUAGCUUCUAUACAGUAUUUUUGGUACAGUGUUCCCUGACACUGUUCUUUUGUAAAUUCUUGUCAAUACCUUGCUUAUGUUACCAAAUGUUUGUUCGACGUAAACAUAAUUCAAUGCAUUGAUGCAAAAAUAUGUUAAGCUUGAGCAGGAAAACAAUAUAACUUCUAGUGCCUUUGAUUGUGACGAGUGUUUAAUUCAUUAGCUGACAAUCCUGCCAUAUUUUUAUUUUAUUUUAUUUCAUCAAAGGUUUGUGGUGGGAAAAAAACGAGGAAAUUAAGCAAUAAAAAGGUACCAUAGAAAGUGGGAGCAGUAUGUGUACCGUACAUGGGUUUGGAAAGGAUGUUGAAGACUCCGGUUUUCAUACUUGCCAACCUUGA